CUCAUGUGGCUCAGUGAAGUACUCAGAGAGAGAGACUCCCCUCGGCUCCUGUCAGUGCGCACCACACACAGCUCUGUACAGGCUGUUGCUGCGGCCGGAGCACCUGCAUGAACGGAGGACGGAACAAAGACAAAGACAAGUGGAAAGGUCGGAGGGGACAUUAGUGAGCAGAGGACAUCGGAGAGGAUCAGAAGGAGAAGGGGGCUGGACCGGCGGGAGGAGCGCACCAUGGCCGCAAAGGAGAGCUCAUCGGCGGGCUUCGUCAGCGUCAGCCGGGAAAUGACAGAGAGCAUCAAGAAGGUGCUGGACAAGCAAGCCGCUAAGUUCGUCCGAGCCAUCAAGCAGGACACCAGGAGCGGCAAAUCCGAGGACAGGAUUCUGGUCCUGGCAACAUGGAGACUGUAUCUCUUUGCUGUCAAAGUGCCCACCAAGGUUGAGGUCACCUUCAACUUCUUGGAAAUCCGAGCGAUGAACACCUACCCAGAACACCAGGUUGUCAUCGAUACAGACAAGACCACCUACUCGCUGAGGCUGCAGACCCAGGAGCAGCUGGAUCACAUGGUCAAUCACAUCAACUACGCCCUCUCCCGAGUCUUCAACAACUCUAUUUACGCUCCUCCUAUUUGUCGAGCCGAGGGAGACCUGACUGACGGAAGCCACAAGUUUUCACCAACGUCUGAAUCGUCGCUGGACACUCAGAAAACCUGUGGAGGUUUUUCUGAGACCUAUGAAGCCCUUUGCGACUACAAUGGGAUUGGCUGCAAGGAAGAAGUGCAAUGGGAUGUUGACACCAUCUACCACUCUCAGGACAACAGGGAGUUCAACUUACUGGAUUUCAGCCAUCUUGACAGCAGGGACUUGGCAGUGAUCGUGGCAGCCAUUGCAUACAACACCUGGUUCACCAAGCUGUACUGCAAAGACAUGCGCAUAGGGUCGGAGGUGGUGGACCAGGUCCUGCACACAGUGAGCAAGUCCAACAGUCUGGAGGAGCUCACUCUGGAGAACGCAGGACUCAAAUCGGAUUUCCCGCAGAAGAUGGCGUCGGCUCUUUCAGAGAACCCGGCCUCUGUGAUUCACUCCCUCAACCUGGCUCAUAACACACUAGACAACCAAGGAGUCUCCAACCUGAUUCAACAGGUAUGUCGCCUCAACAAGGGACUGCGCCUCCUCAACCUCUCCAAGACCUCCCUGUCCUCCAAAGGUGUUGUUUCUCUGUCUCAGGCGUUGUGUUCCAGCGACGACUACUCCAAUUCUCUGCUGCAUCUGGACCUGAGCAAAAACCCUGGGGUUCUGUCUGGAGAGGACGCCACAAACCUGUACCUGUUCCUGGCGCAGCCCAACUGCCUGGUUCAUUUGGACCUGUCUGGGACGGACUGCACCGUGGACUCGUUGUUCGGGGCUCUGCUGCGGGGCUGCUGCGCUGACCUCUCCUACCUGAACCUGUCCAAGAACGCCUUCUCUCACAGAAAAGCCAGAGAUUCUCUGCCAACGUUCCGCCAGUUCUUCAGCUCAGCAUUCAGCCUGAGCCACGUCAGCCUGGCGUCUAUGAAAGUCCCUCCGGAUUCACUGAGGGCUCUGUUCCUGGGUCUGUCCAAUAACCCUCAUAUCACUGAUUUACACCUGGACAUCAGCAGCUGUGAGUUGAGGUCGGCAGGUGCCGGGGUGAUCCAGGAGCUGUUUCCUCGAGUUUCAUGCGUGGAGACUUUAGACAUCUCUGAUAAUGGUUUGGAUGCCGACUUGCUGGCUGUCAUCCCAGCAUUCUCCAGGCACCCCUCCCUCAAACACCUGAUGCUGGGGAAGAACUUCAACAUCAAGGGCAGGGUGUUGGACGACAUUCUGCAGAAAGUAGUUCAUUUGGUGCAAGAGGAAGAGUGUGCCCUGCACUCCCUCUCGCUGUCUGACUCGAGGCUCCGCCAGCGUGGCACCGUGCUGGUCAACGCCCUGGGCUCCAACACCUGCCUGCGGAAGGUGGACCUGAGCGGCAACCUCCUGGAGGACUCCGGGGCCAAGAUGCUCAGCAAAGCCCUGCAGAUCAACACAACACUCAGGAGUGUGGCAUGGGAUCGCAACAACACCACAGUGACAGGCUUCCAAGAUGUGGCGAGAGCGCUCGAGCACAACUUUACCCUGCAGUACAUGCCCCUCCCCCUCAGUGAUGUGGCCCAGGCGUACCGCAGCGCCCCAGAGAGGACCGACCAAGCCCUGACCAAGAUCCAGCGUGCCCUGCUUAGAAACAACCAGACUCAGCGCUUCUCGCAGAAACAGGCUCUCAGGCUUCACCAGGGUCUCGUCACCAGCACUGCUGAACAGGUGAUGGAGCGUCUGUGUGUGCGGGUGCAGCAGCAGGUGUGUGUCCUGAAAGGCCCAGAGGAAGGAGAGGAGGUCCAGACGGCCAGACAGAUCCUCAAAGAAGCCAAGAACUCCAGAGCUCUGUACCCAUCUCUGUGCGAGCUGGCCCACGUGUUGUCGGUGGACGGUCCCGUCAGACAGCGCCUGGACACUCUGGCAGGAGAACUGGCCAAAGCUGCGGACAAAGAGCUGCAGGUCGUUGUGGACUCUAUGGUGUCUCUGUGCCGCGAAUUGUGUCCCAUGUCCUGCUCGGCAGCCGAGAGACUCAGCCCGCCUCUCUCGUCCAUCUCCGAACAAGUUUCGAUCCCUCGCUCCUCCAUCCGCAACGCCCUGAUGGAGAGAGCAGCGGAGGACAUCAACAGAGCCCUGGAGGAGGUGAAGUUGUCUGUGGUCUCUUACCUGACCAACUCAAUAGUGGAUCAGAUUCUACAAGAGCUCUACACAACCCAUAAAACACUGGUACUGCUGCGGCAGGUGUCUCAGGCAAAGCGUUGGGACGACGUCGGGACGGGAAGACGCACGAUCAGACAGUCGAGAAUAGUGGAGUCUCUGGAAUUCACUGAUGAGGACCUCGGAGUCAACCUGGGAAUAGAUACCAUGGCUAUUAAGAAGCGGAGCUCCAGAACCAGAAGAAUCCGUCCUGUCUCCACCAGACUGAGUUUAGGUGACGAAUCCAACUCCUCUCCCACCCCACCUGCCCAACCCCACUCUGCCCCUCUUACCCACUCAGCAUCAUGGGAGUGUCUGUCCACCCUCCCCACCAAUGGAUCGCCCUUACGUCACGUGACCCACGUCCGGCCACGCCCCCCGCGGAGACACAGAGCAGGGCACCUCCCUCCUGAAUCUCACUCCUCAGAGAACGGAGCGGUCAACAUGUUGGAGGAUGGACUACCUGAUUUCUACAGCAAGAGAGUUCUACCUGACAGUCAGUUGUCAUCCCUCCACCAGGCCCAGUCGCUGCGGAGGAAGAAAAGACGCAGCGUGUUGUCCAUUUUCUCUGGCUUCCGCAAGAACCGCAACUCCACCAUCUCUAAUCAGGACUCCGACAGCGCCUCAGAAAACGUCUACUCCAUGAUUCAGCACCCUAAGGACCCAAUGAGGCCGGAGUGCUCUAUUCCAGGAGCAAACGGGACCACGGCGUCUCCUCGGCCGAUGCCGGGUGUACCUGGGCAUGGAAUGAGGCCUGGCAGCCCCCCCUGCCUCAUCCAAAGACAGUCCACCGACCUGGUCAGCAUGGUGUACAGCUGCAUCGGAGCGGAAAUCGAUGACUCCGAUGGCAGCAGCUCCUGUGACAUGAAGGCGAUGGACCAGGACACCGACAGAUCGACCACCAUCUCAGACGCCCCCACAGAUACUCGGACUAACGGCCACGUGGUGUCCUCCAAACAGCAGACGGAAAGACAGAUGGAGGCGGGCCGGCAGGAGAGGAUCGUACCUCUGACAGACUCGCGGGCCGAGAUGGAGGAGGACAGACACAGUGGUGGGAGCGUGACCCCCUGUGGGCUGAGGCCAGAGCCGCCACCACAGAGCACCAAGCCCAGUCUGACUGUCAUGAGGCAGAGACACCUGCAGGAGAGUCUAGAAGAGGCCGGGAGGCUGGAACGAGAAGGAGACCAGAAUGAAAGAAACCGAGAAGAGAAGCAGAGAACAAGAGGACUAGAUGGACAGCGUCCUCCUAUUCCCAAUAAGUCCAGUCUUGACCUCUCAAGAGACAAGACCUCUCCAGAAAACACCAAAACCUCACCUGUCAGUCCAGGAGAAGAACCCAGCAGCGAGCAGAGGAGUUUGCCUCCAGCUCAGCCGAUCAGUCAAGACGAGGGCGACGCUGAGAGGAAAAGCCCACUGGCGUCAUCUGCCAAGCCUGGGACAGAGGAGACAGAUCCUGCCAUCAGUCAGGAUGAGGAAGAAGACCGUAAUGGAUUCCCAGCGACAUCACAUCACAACAGGAAGUCCAACUCAUUUGACAUAGGCAUGGAACGGGACAGUCCCUACGAUCUGGAGAGGUCCUCCGAUCGCAGAUUCCCUGUGAAAAAGCCCUGUUUCCCCCAGUACAGAAACAGAUCUCUGGACUAUUCUCCCGGGACCAGGUGCUGUGACAGUCCCCAGCUCGAUAACAGAGAUGUGCUAUGACGUCACCAGUGGAGCGGGAGAAGUUCGCAGGGAACACCGGACUUGAACAUGGAGGACUGGAGAGAGACGAGCUUUUAAAACUGUGCAAUCAACUGACGCAGCUUUUUUUUUUCUUCUUCUUCUUUUAAUCCAUGUUAACAUUUGUUGCUGAAAGUGCAUGUACUGUAUGCUCUCUGUUUUAACUGGUUACACUUGCUAUGGUUUUUCUCAGGCAUAAAAGAAGCUGUGACCUGCAGUACAUAAAGUACUGGUCAUUCAAACACCCAGUAUUUCAGUGUCUCUCCAGUAUGCUCAGUAACUGUUGUUUUAUGCAUUUGUGCAGAAAUCAUUUAAUGUUGACAAUACUCUCACCCCCCUCCCUGUCCUUUGCUGACAAUCUGCGGCUACUGAAAGUGAACUUUUACUUUAAUUACUCUCAUGAUGUUGUAAAUACUGAAAUUAAGACUGCACUAGCCAUUGUGGUAACUCUACCAGUUAACAAUAAUGUUUUUAUUUGUGAUAAUAUAUCAUUUGAUAAAUGUGUUUGUUAGUAUGCUUUUGUUGUAUGCUGACGGUGAUGACUGAGAAAUGUGUUAUCGUGCGCUCCCAUCUCUUCAAGAGUAUCUAAGUUCGUGAAUCACAGUUUUAAUCUGAUUUUGCAGGCCUGAAAAUGAGUAUAUUUUCUAAAAAUGCUUCUAUCAAUCAGAAUAAAUAAAAUUGACUUUACAGAAGGAA